AUGCCGCGGCGCCCCCGCCGCGCGCUUCCGCUUCCCGGGCGACGUGCCCCACUCGCCGCGCCGUCCCGCAUCGCGUGCGGGGGAUGUAGCGCCGUGCUAAGUGUGCCGCACGGCCAGGGGCGAUUCGCCUGCCCGCUCUGUGGCGCCGAGCUCGCCGUCUCGCCAGUUGCUGCCAUUUCGGUCGUGGCGCCGCCCGCAGCAGUCCCAAUUAGUCCCAGCAGACCGGCGCAGCCUUCUGAGGUGUGUCCUGGGCCUUCAAGUCAAUUAACUCAUGCAAGAUACAUUCAAAGGCCCAUUCAUUUGGAGCAGACACAUGGACAGCAUCCGAGACAUUCCUUUAGAGAAGAGCCAUUUACUUCAUCCAGAGCUGACACUGGCACAGAAAUUCCUGUGGUGGGAAGGCUACAAAACGAGCCUGCUGACCCUUUGUCACAGAGACAAGAGUCACAUAUUGAGCCACUCGAUGAGACUAUUCCCAGGCCCAGCAAGAAGAAAUCUAUAUUUGUAGCUAGCCCUGAUUCUUAUCCUGUAAGAAAGGUUCAUGAAGAGCAUCUUAAUCAAGCCUUGUAUGCAUCAGAGGAACAAGGAAUGCCUUCAAACUCUUCAAUUCAUGCAGACAAGGAGGAACAUAGGUUUCCCAAUGACACAGUUACAGUGCGCAGCAAACAGAAAGUUGGAAAUGUGGUUGCCCCUAGUAUUCUCGAACAGGAGCAGACAAAGUCUUUGAAUCAAGCUGUGGAUGAGCAGCAGGCAGAUGAAAUUCCCAAGGAUACAGUUCAUGCAGACAAGGUGCAAGUGGAGUUUGCCAGCAAAGCUGGAAGCUGUAAAAAGAGUGUUGGAGGUAGUAAAGGAAACCAAAAGAGUAGUAGUAAGAUUUUAAUGAAUUCUUCAAAUGAGUUGCCUCAACUCAGGCGUAGUAAGCGCUUGGUAAAGGGAUCACAUGACGUACUUGACAUUGAUCCUAUUGAGAAGAUCGAUGCUCCUUCGAAUCAAAAUCUGUCUGAAGCUCCAGAGAUUGAAAGGACACAAGCAGAUUCUGACUCUAGUUCUCCUACUCGGUACCGAUUUCCUCUUGAUCGCUCUAAUGAGUGGGAUGUUGUUUGUGCAACUACACCACCUGCUUUUAAUCAUUGUACACAACAAGCUGAGCAGUUUCCACGAACCCAGAUGUACUCUCCAGAGACUAGGUGGGCACUUCCAGUUGCAAGCUCAAAUUCAUGGCAUGACAAUGAGAUACCUCAGGAGAGCUUUAGUGGGGUCGGCCAACUUGAUAGAGGCUAUUCAGAAGUGCAUUCAAAUCCGGCAGAGAUGCAAAAUCAGGAUAUGAAUGGGCCACUAGUACAAGAGAUUUGCAGCGACAAGAACUGUUCUGGACAUGGACAACUGAAGCAUCACAACAAAAACUGUUCACAUUCAGAGUUUGGAAGGCAAAAAAGGAAUGGUUUCACUUGCCCUUCUCCAAAUGGUGGGGGGCAUCCUGUAGACCAGUCCUUCUCUGGAGCCUGCCUCCAGAACCUGUCUGCUUCAUGCAGCCGCCUUGCUGCUUCUGCUACCACUACAUUGCCCACAAUCACACCGCCUUCUACAAAUCUACCACUUAACCACAGCAGUCGAACAUCGCUGCACCAACAGCCGCCAUCCAGACUCUACUCACAGGAUGCACCAUGUGGCGAUUUGCUGCCAGGGCCAACUAGUAACUCAUCAAAAAAGCGCAGGGGACGUGCCCCUGAAAAACUAAUGGAACCACGCAAAGAAGCUGAAAGGCCCAUGCUGAUGCCCAGUGGUACUGACUGGAUUGUGCAACCACCAUGUCCUAAAGUAGCAAAUACCCUCGCCGUUCUUAUCAAGCAGAACUAUCCUGGGAUCUAUGUAUCAGAUGAUACCAUUGGAAAUGGCCAAUCAUGUGAGCAUGUGGUUUACCAUUGGCACCAAUGCCCACCAGAUAUAAGGACUACUAUAUUAGAUGAAUUCCUCAAACGGUACAAGUGGUCGCCUGGCCAUGAAGAGGAGUGUCAAAAAAUAUUUGACCGAAAAUCGGUUAGACAGCUAAUGAAUCUCUUUUGCUAUGAGAAGCAAAGGGUUAGACAGGUGUUAGCAUCAAAAAAGACCAAGGCUCCAUCGGUUCGUAGGGCCCAUGAUGAAAUGGAGCUAGAACAUGAUGGUGGUAGAGAAGAUCCAGAUGAACAGCGAGGAAAAGCGUCAGUAAUGGUACUUGAGCAUGAAGAUCCGCUGAAAUGGAAACCAUUUGUCCCUGUAUGGAUGAAGCCAAAAUGGUGGGAAAUGUUGUGUGACCAUUGGGCCAAAGACGAGAACAUCAAGAUGUCUUGCCAACAAAGGAAGAAUAGGUAUUCAGGAAAACGCCCCCGUAAUGCUGCAUGCCCACCAAAGAUAGGACUGCAUGAGGAGAUUGUGGACUUGGAUAAUGGUGGAAAGCUGGGGGUUGACAUUGAUUCACCCACUAAUAUAUUGAGGGAGUCUGUUGACCAGAGGGCAUGUCGAACUGAGGAUAAGAGGGAUCAAGCUAAUAGGGAGGCACAGAGCAUUCAGCUAGGUUCCCAUUCCGUGCAGAGACAGGCAGGGAGUGGGAAGCAAGGGAGGCACUGUGGUACUAUCAGUGUCAGCAAGAAGGCCCAAUGCAAGCCAUUAUCUAAAUCCUCCCCAGUUUGUGUGAGCAAACGAGGACAGCAGCCGAUGUUCACAAAAGAACAGGUGCAAGAGAUGAUUACUCAAGCCCUGCAAGGGUUAAAUGAAGCUUGGGGGAAAAAGUUUUUGUCCUUGGAGCAAAAGAUGCCCAGCAUUUCCUCAUCGCACACUGUCCCUAAUGGUGUGAAGGAGUCAUCAUUGGCUGUUGGAAGAAGCAAACGGUGCAAACUGGCACGGCAGGAUACAUUAGAUUCCAUGGACGGAGAAGAUCCAGAUGCGGAAGAUGAUAGUGAUUACCAGGAGGAGGAGCAUUCGAGCUGA